CUCCUUCAGGAAUGCUUCAAGCCCUGGGAAGUUGAAGCCAGGUUCCCUGGUUGUAACCUGGCAUGCGCCUUGUAGGGUUUACGAUAAGAAUCGCACACGUUGCUGUCACUUCGUUUCCAGUGGUUGUAAUCAGUCCGAAGUGGUUCCUGAACGGUCCGAAGUGGUUGGGAUCGGUUUUAUGAUCGAACCACCAGUGGGCGGAGCCGAUGGAAGAGAGGCGGUGGACAGGUGAGCGUUGCGCGUGGACUAGAGCCCGAGGGGGGGGAACGUGCCCGGGCCAGGAGGACGCGCCUGGCGCCGGAGGAGGACCUGGACAUGGACAACGCCUCGGCGCCCUUCCAAGGCAACGCCACGACGCCCUGGGUGCCGGAUGCCGGCGGGGCCCCAGGGGUGCGGCGCCGCACGGGCCGAUUGGCUUUCAGGACCCCACCCCAGGGCUCUGGAGGCCCUCUUGGAAGCUGCGCGCCACCCCCUCCUCAUCCGCAUUGCCUGGGGAUGCACGCGUCCUCCCAGCAGCAGCUCUGCGACAAGGUGAUGCGUACGAGUGUCAUCCGGUCCAGGCAAACUCUGAGACGAAACCGCGUGCCUUGGUUUGUCCUGGGAGCUGCUUUGGGUGCCAUAUGUGGAAGGGCUUUCAUCGUCCUGGGUGGGCUUCCGAUGGCCUCUUAGCGUUUUCGACGUCGCCCGUCGGGGCCCCGCUCAGGACAAGUGGCCGCCCGACCCGAACUUGACGGACGCGAGGUACUCCGCGUUCAUCGACAAGUGGCCAAUGACCCGGGGCCUGGGACAGUUCCCAUUUCUAUUCGAUUGGAACUACAAGAGGAGCGGGGACGCGAUGCAUAAGAAUGGUACGUGGAAGGCUGACCCCAAGACAGUGUUCAUCAAGGGGCGGCCAGACACUAUCGAGAGCCUCUUCGAAGAUCUCAAGGUCUGCUGCGACACUGGGCGAACGGACCGGUACGCUUACCUGAGCUCGGACUACCGCCUGUCCAGAGUGCCGCAGGAGCAGCUCGACUUGUUCCAGCACUUCUUCCAGGGCGGCGUCUUCUGGCAGGCCAGGGACAAAGACGUCCCUGGCUUCAAGACUGCCCCCGUCGGGCUCAACGAGAUGUACUUCCGCCUCAGCUACAGCCUUGCGGAGAAGGCCAUCGCCAGCGCCGACGUGGCGUCCAAGCCGAAGCAGGCGCUCGCGGCGUGGGGCUACCUCCGCCCGCUGAAUGGCAUCCCGAGCAGGCGCGCCCUGAAGGCGUGGCUGCAGACGACCGACGCCGGGGAGGCAGGCGUGGAGCACCGCAUGAUCGAGUGGAACCAGUAUUGGGACGAGCUUGCGAAGUACCGCUUCCUCCUCGCGCCCAAUGGGGGCGGGAUCUUGUCGCCGAAGACGGACGAGGCGCUUCUGUUGCUCACUGUCCCCAUCAUGGUCCGGGACGCCGAGCUCAAUGGAAAGACCACGUUCGACGAUUGGGUGCAGCUUGGGUGGCCUAUCGUGGUUCUAGACAGCUGGGAGGAGAUCACGGCGGCAAGGCUGGACGAGUGGUGGGCCAAGCUGUCGCCUCGCCUGAAGAGUUUCCGGGACAAUUGCCUGACGUCGCAGGGUCUCUACCGCGUCGUGACCGGGCAGGUCUCCUACUGCCAGUAGCCGCUCUGAGGCAAGCGCCGCGACGGCGCUCCAGCAAGCGCAUGCAGGCCCUCCGAAGAAAGAGCGGCCGCCGCCUGCUUAUCGGGAGAUCCUUCCAGGGAAGCCUGCAGCGCGUUUGGGGCUCCGACGCUUCGUCUUGAGCGACCUGGCCCACCACUCUUUCCCAGGCCAUUAGCUGGCUGGGCCCUCCUGGCUGGGGCCGAAGGGCUCGAAUCUGCGAGCAUUCAUCCGUCAAAAGGAGGUCGGCCCCCUGAUGCCCCCCCAGCUUGCUCUGUUGUGUAUUUCUAAGUCCUUCCCAUCCAGACAGCAUGCCAGUGCGAGGAUCGAGCCUACUCGAUCAUCGGGCGGCUCUCCAACGCGCAUCCGCCCG